AUGAUGACGAAGACCUUUGGCGCCUUGCUUAUCUUUUCAGCAAUCCAACAUGCCUAUUCUAUGACAUCUCAAGGCCGCACGGGUCAUGGACUCAUUGGCUACGGAAUCGACAUGUAUAAACCGCCAUGUGCACAUGCAUGUCGUGACACCAUAUCCGGAAGCCAAUUGGCUUGUUCUAUGGUCAUGAGCUCUCAUGACCAUAUGUUUAUGAAGCGAAUGGACAUGAGCGGCGAAGUAAUGACAGAACCUGAAUGCUACGCUACCGAUGAUGUCUACUUGCAAACACUAGCGUAUUGCAUAUCAACACAUUGCAUUGGAAUACCACAGUGGCAACUCGAGAAGUACUGGGCUACCUACGCCGUGGGUAGGGAUGAGGGCCAGCCGAUUCCCAAAGAGACGUACCAGCAGGCCCUCGCAAAGAUUUCGGACGCUCCGACGGAAGUAUUGGUCAGCGGAGAGCCGUUGAACAAAACUAGCCUGGUGGACGAAGAAGAAUACCUCGCAAACUACAACGGCGAUGCGAGCUUUGAAAACGCCGAAAUCCAUCACGAGCGAUACGGAAUCGUCCUUCUCGUCACAGGAGGUGCAAUUCCAAUCGCAACCUCGCUUCUACGUUUUGUACCCUUUCCCUCUGCCUGGACGUCAAUGUUCAAUGCCUACUUCAUUACACCGCCCACCUUUGGCUCCAAGCACAACGUCCCUAUUUUUAACAUAUUCCACAUGCCAACACGUGGGCAAGCCCUCUUCAUCCUCUACCUGAUCAUCAUCAACUUCGUGCUCAGCUUUGUCAGCUUGGACACCACGACUCCAAACGCCUGGUAUGCGACCGUCCACGAGCAGUGGAGCGGCUACCUCGGCCUCAGAGUUGGGGUUCUGAGCUUUGCGAACCUACCUUUGUUGAUACUGUACGCAGGGAGGAACAACGUUCUGCUGUGGGUAACGAACUGGAGCCACAGCACGUUUUUGCUGCUGCACCGCUGGGUCGCGUGGAUUUGCACGCUGCAAGCCGUCGUGCACUCCAUCAUGUACCUCAAAUCGUACGUCGAGAGCGGAGACUUCGCGACCGAGGUAAAACUUGCAUAUUGGAUCUGGGGAAGCGUCGCGACGCUGAGCUUCUCAUUGAUGAUUCCCUGCUCGGCGUACCCGAUCCGAAAGGCCGUGUACGAAGUGUUCCUCCUGUGGCACAACUUGCUCGCCGUUUUCGUCGUCGUCGGAUGUUACUACCACAUCAUCUGCCGCUUCCAACGACAGUGGGGGUACGAGACGUGGAUCUACGUCGCUAUAGCUGUGUGGGGCUUUGAGCGUGCAAUGAGGCUAGCCCGGCUGGCGCGGAACGGGGUCAGGACGGCUAAGGUCACCGUCAUCGACGACGAUUACGUACGGGUCGACAUCGAAGGUGUCAGUGACUCGGGCCACGCGUAUCUUUAUUUCCCGACCCUGACAUGGCGUCUGUGGGAGAACCACCCGUUCUCCGUCGCGUCGACCGUGCUGGGUUCUCAGGCGCUCGAAGGCGCAAGGAAGCGCGAGGAGACGGCCGACGUGGAGAAGUCCGGUGCCGUGAGUGUCGUCAAGGAAAGCGGCAGCUCGACGCGCAGCGCGGUCGCGCCUGCCAAAGUCGGCCUCACGUUCCUGCUCAGGCUGCGCGAUGGCCUGACGGCCAAGAUCCGCAACCACGCGUCGCUCCCCGUCUUGGUCGAGUCGGGCUACGGGUCGCACGAGAGUCUGGCCUCGCAUCCAUUCCUUCUGUGCGUCGCCGGCGGCGUUGGCAUCACUGCCUGCGUCCCGUAUUUGCGGGCGCACCCGGGCCGCACAAGGCUCCUGUGGGGCGUGAGGACCCCCGGCAUCGUCGAGGACAUGGCCGUGGCGCUCGCGAAUAUAGACAAGGAGGUUUACAUUGGCAAGCGCAUGAACAUCUCUGAGGUGCUUGAGCGAGAACUUUGCCCCGUCGAGGACGCCGCUGUGGUCGUCAGCGGGCCCAACGGUAUGGCCGAUGAGGUGAGGGUCGCCGUCGCCAAGCUUGGUAGACGGGGUUUUAAGAUCAAACUUGUGGAGGAGGCAUUUAGCUGGUAA